AAGUAGUUUUGUGUUGAACAUGGCGGGGUAGGUUGUGCAGUUUUUCCAGGAAAAAUAUUGCGUGAAUAUCAGCGCAAUUAGAAUGUUACAACUGCUGAAAACAACACAGAAACUGCAGGAUUUGUUGUAAUCGAUAAUCAACUUAUGAUUACUGACAGAUCUACCUACCCAAAAAUGGAGAUUCUACUAUUUUUCACGCUGUCAACACUAAUUCCCCUUUUAAAUUCCGAAUACAUACCACCAGGACCCAAAUAUCCGUGCCCGAAAGAGACAGACAGACUGCUUAUGUACCCAUGCGUGUGCGAGAAAGGGACAGAUGCAGGGCUGUACGUUCGGUGCGAGAAUACAGGGCUGGCGAUCAUGAGUGUCGGUUUGGGGAAUUUAGCUGGAUUAGGGUUUCCGAUAGAGAGAUUGGAGAUCAAAGAAGGGAGAUUUACCCGCCUCCAAGGACCAAUGCUUCAUCGGUCCACCAUAAGGGUGUUACACAUAAUCGACACGCCCAUACAAACCAUAGAAGAAUACGCCCUGGCUGGUGUGAACCGCACUUUACAGGAGUUGCGGUUUUACAACACGCGUAUGGCGGAGUUUCCCAAAGAGGCGUUCAAAAUACUCGGCAACCUUUCAAUCCUAUCAAUUGACGGUCACCAAAUAACAAAACUGGAUAAAGACAUAUUCGCUGGAAGUGAAGCCGUUGGCAAACUAGAAAAACUCCAUAUAGUCAAUGGACUGCUAUCAGAUGUACCUAUAGAAGCGUUUCAGACGUUGAAAAAGCUUAAAACUUUGGAUCUGCACGGGAAUAAACUGGCAACACUGAAGAGGAACCAGUUUAAAGGGCUGAGGGACACUGAAGUUUUGGAUUUGAGUUACAACAUGAUACAAAAACUGGACGGCAGCCACAUUGGAGACAUGACCAAACUCGGUUUCUGCAACGUCAGCCACAAUCAAAUUGGAGAAAUAGCAAGGGGUAUGUUCGCUAGAAACACAGUGCUGAAAGUGAUACAUUUGGACAACAACAAAAUAAAGAAAUUGGACACCAACAGCUUCAGAGGAAUGCGGUUUUUGAGGCGCCUAUUCCUCCAAGACAAUAUGAUAUCCGACGUCGGUCGUGGUACGUUCGCGGCUGUUACACGUAUCGGAACCGUAGACUUGGCUCGCAACAGAAUCACUAAAGUUGAUUAUCAGAUGUUCCAGCAGGUCAAAUACGCCGAGCUUAUAAACCUAGCAGAGAACAACAUAACCGUCAUAGAAGCACAAGCCUUCACGGACCUAUAUCUAGCGGUCGUAAAUAUAUCGCACAACUCUCUACAGAAGAUUGAAGCGAACGCCUUCCAGAAUUGUAACAAUAUGACGCUAUUGGAUUUGAGCUAUAACAACCUGCAGGAUAUCAACAAGAACGCGUUCGAUGAGAAUAGUUACGCUUCGGAGUUGCAAGUGGCAUAUAAUAAUUUCACUGAUUUUGGGCAGAUUCCAAUCCACAAUAUGACUGGUAUCCGCGUUCUCAACGCAUCGCACAACAACAUACAGCGCAUCCCUCGCAACGCGUUCCCGAAGCUGUAUGAGCUCCAUACAGUGGACGUCUCAUACAACAAGCUGACGGAGAUAUUCAACGCGGUGUUCCAGAACUUGUUCUCUUUGAGAUUCCUGAACCUGAGUCACAAUUCAAUGCAAGCCAUCAAGCCAGCGACCUUCGGGACCAUACCCACAGUUCUGUCCCUGGAUCUGUCCCACAACCAGUUGUCCGACGUGUCCCGCGGCAGCCUCGCCAAGCUGGCCAGUUGUCGCGAGCUCGACAUCAGCCACAACCACCUGCAGAAGAUGUUCCAGAUACCCAUCAGUUUGGGAGGGUUGAAUUUCGCCCACAACAACCUAACCGAGUUACCCUACAAUGCCUGGCCGACUAUGAACUCCCUACUCCGUCUCAAUUUGUCUUCAAACUCGCUGGGCGAUCGGCUGUCUUCGGACAGUUUCAGCGGACUGCUAACGCUGCAAGUGCUAGAUUUGUCAGCGAAUGAGCUGUCCAAACCGCCGUGGGAAGCGCUGAGCAAGCUGACUAGCUUGCAGUACUUAUAUUUGCAGGACAACAACAUAACCUCCCUGUCGAAGUCAGCCUUCGGCAACCUGCCCACCAUGUUCAAACUGGAUCUGUCCCGCAACGCGAUCGAAACUGUCGCGCAACAGUCGUUCGGCGGCCUGCAACAGUUGCUCGACUUGUCGCUGAGUGGCAAUCUGUUGGAGCGGAUACCGAACGAGGCUUUUAAAGGACUAGUUGCUCUGAGAAAACUUGAUCUUUCUUACAAUAUGCUGGACAAGAUAGACAACAAGACCAAUGGAUUGUUGGACGACUGCCUGUCGCUGGAAUCGGUGAACCUAAGCCACAACAGAUUCGGUUUCCUAACCAAGAAAAUGUUUCCCGCCAGUCCGUGGAUUCCAUACAACUUGAAGGAAGUCGACCUGAGCUACAAUGAAAUACCGGUGGUGACACUAGACCUUACUUUGGGCACUAAGAAAGUGAAGAAGUUGAAUCUAGCGGGGAAUAUUAUAAAUGAUGUGCGCGGCUAUGUCCUUGGAAAUCUGACGUCACUGGAAGUAUUGGAUCUUUCAUACAAUAACUUGGAAGAUUUAGUGUCAAGAACUUCAGAAGCAAAAUUCAACCUUCCUGAGAACAUAACAGAGUUGUAUCUCCAACACAACGUGCUUCUAAGACUGCCCAUAGACAGCAUAUCGCGGUCGAGGCGGCUCAACAAGCUUGAUGUGCGGCACAACAGGCUUGACAGCUUUGAGCCGGCGUUGGUUAAGGGAAUAAGGAGUCAGGGACUCACUGUGUAUUAUGAAGGAAACGGCCUAAAAUGCGACUGCUUCGCUCGCCCCCUAAAGCACUACCUAAACCGUCUUUCCCCAUCCGUUCUCCCCACUUCCCCCUACAACCUAACUUGUACGGAACCCCUGGUGCUCCAAAACGAACAACUUCUGGCGGUAGACGAAGAAAGAUUGCUCUGUGAGGGCAGUGUUGCCGUUGAUAAUAAACUGCUGGAGUAUGGCAACACUGAGGGAGAGUCUGUCUAUGAUUUCACUAGUGAGCCGGAUUUGGUGUUCAGAGAUGUGCAGUAUGCCCAAGAAGCGAUAUACGCAAACUGGUACGUACCCAGCAUCGAAGACAUAGCAGAUGUAUACCUCUACAUACGCGACGACAAAAACAGCCUUCUCUACAGCAAAGACUUGACUUACAACCUCCGCUCAACGACUAUUCCCAUAGACAACUCCAUGAAAGUAUCUCUAGAAAAAGGCGGGAAGUUUGACAUUUGCAUUCAAGCCAAAACGUCAAGCGGUGCGCCGAGAAAGUGGUUUGACAGCCAAUGUCAACCGCUCCCGCCAAAUUUUGACAGCUGGCAGAAGAAAUUGAACAUAGACAAAAGGAGGCUGACCAAAAAGAAAGCUAGAAAAGGAUGGUUCCAGAGAAAUAGUGUGCUGGGUUUGGUAAGCGACUCGAUUUUGAUUACGUUGUGCAUAUUUUUGGGCGUUUGCUUGAAACUGACGGAUUUGGAGUUAUAGAUGAACUAUACUGAACUGUCCUACCAAACUCAAUGAGAGGGAGGCGCCACCAUCGUUAAACUAUACAAAUCAAAUCAAAUAU